GGCGUUCUCCGCGGAGCGGGCGGGGCAGCCGGGUCUCCGCGAGCUUCCCCGACGGCGGCUGUUCCGCGCCCGCCUCAGCUCGGAGCUCGCAGCUCGCGGCCGGGAGAGGAUGGUCGUCCGCGUGUUCGUCGCCUCGUCCUCGGGCUUCGUGGCGAUAAAGAAGAAGCAGCAGGAUGUGGUUAGAUUUCUGGAAGCCAACAAGAUAGAGUUCGAGGAGGUGGAUAUCACAAUGUCAGAAGAACAGAGGCAAUGGAUGUACAAAAACGUGCCCCCAGAAAAGAAGCCUGCUCAGGGCAACCCUCUGCCACCGCAGAUAUUUAAUGGCGAGCGAUACUGUGGAGAUUAUGACAGCUUUUUUGAAUCAAAGGAAAGCAACACGGUCUUUUCAUUCCUAGGCCUGAAACCACGGUUGGAAUCAAAGGCAGAACCUUAGCACCGAUAAGCAGAAGGUGAGGGAGGUGCAUUUGGAGGAGCGCCCACUGGUACUCGGCACACACCUGCUCACUAAUGCAUCACCAUGACAAAGGCCACGUGCAUCACCAGUAACUUUGCUUGCCACAGGAAAGGUGUUUUUGGAAGAUGUGGGAUAAUGGGGAUUGCAUGAUUGCUUCAGACCAAAUCAGGACUCUGGUGGAUUGUGUUUUUCUUAGUUUCAGGUUUGCCUACAGUCUCCCUGAGCGGAGCAGACUGUCAUCUGUGCUUCUCUAAUGACUGGCUCCAGCAGAGAGACGGUGUGGGGUCUGCCUUAGGUUAUAGGACUUGCCAGUGUUGCAUAAACCUGCUUCCUCCUUAGUCUGCCUGCAUUGUACCUCGAAAUUCGUCUACAGGCUACUAGAAUGUUGGAAUCAGAAAGAAAGAAAGAAGAGCAAUGCUCACUGACAAAGAGGGUUGAAGAUUUUUGCUGUAGAAUCACAAAUAUCACUGCUCUAGUGCUUUGUAAUAACACCUGCUGAAAAGUAGGUGUUCUUGACUGCUUUUCUGAUAGAAGCCCUUGCUUACCCCCUCCCCAAAUCCUCUGAAGUUCCUACAGAUGUUUCUAGAAAUCACUGUUGCAAUAUUGUAUGAUUGCAACCAAGUUACAGGGCUGGAAAUAAUUGCUAUUUGGGAAAAUGUGCUUUUCCUCGUGUGUGGGGAAAAAUUCACCUAAAUGCAUAAGACUGCUUGAAAGACAUCGUCUAAGAGGUGCACUAAUUAAGUAGUAAAUUUAUAGGAAUAAUUGUCUGACUAGUAGCCGAAGGCCUUCUCAGCUCUAGCAAUUUAUUUGUGCCUACGUGCACAUAGAUUUUUAGGUGCAGCUCCCUUAACAGCUGCUUAUUCUAUUUUGUGAAGGAAUUCUAUUUUUUUGAGAGAAGAAAAUCUCAGUCAGGUAUAUUUUGUGAAUCCUUAAUGAAGCAUAUUAAGAAGUAUCUGUACUAGCAUACAUGAGUCCCUGGGUUCAAUCUACAGUACCAUGUACAUCUAAAGAUACCAGUACUGCUGUAUAACUUAUUUUUCUUUGUUAAUGUUUCAAUGUUUUCUAACAUUCUUUGUUCAUCUGUGUGGCCAGUGCACAAUCUCAGUCUUUUCAGAGCAAGACAGACACAUGUUUUCAUUCCAUGUAUGAGCACAAGUGAAAUUUCAGAGCAGUGUGUACAAGCAAGGGCUGUUUAGAGUACUCUGAAUUGUAGUUGGUGAGAAAAACAAAAUUUCUGCUUCCUUUGGAGUGGUUCUGACACAUACUGACCCUGUCUACUUUAUUAGGGCAGAGACUACUUUUUUUGUAUCCUUAUAACAUAAGUGUUUUUUAUUUGCCAAACCUAAGAACAGCCUUGACUAGGACAAACUCUGAGGGAACGGAGUGGAAUGCUUGAUUAUUUCCGGCUUCCUCAUGUUGGACCACUCACUAUGAUUCUGCAGAGGAAAUGUGUAAGACACUGAAAAAUCACGUGGAUUAAAUCUCCCCUGCCCCAUAGCUUGCUGCAUGUGGACUGUUGUAAAGAGAACUUUUUGAGUUCUAAAGCUAAGAUCCUAGGCCUGGGGUUGCACAGGACAGAGGAAGAGUGGGAUAGAUUGCCGCUUGGCUGGAAACAGACUCGUGGUCCACAUUUUUCUUCCUCUCUGGGGACGCUUGUCAAAUCACGGCACUUACUGAUCAGUUGGUAUUAAGGGAAAUCCAGGUCAGAUUCCAUUUGAAAAACCCCUAGGGACCAAUAAGGAACGUUUGGGGUACGUGAGUCUUUGGAUAAGACCUACAAUUCUUUUCUGCCAAUCAACCCAGAAAGGUGGAGGCUUUGCAAGUUCUGAUUCGUGAGGUCAGUGCUAUGCUUGCGAAGAGAGAGAAAGCUACCUGUAUUGUCUUUUGAAUUAACCAUAAUGUACCCAGCAUAAUCACACUAAACCUACCAGAUGGGUGGUAGUGCUAAGUUACCACCUCCGUUGCAUGACAUUUUCUUGCCAUGGUUUUGAGGAGAUGGGGUGUCAGCAAAGAAGCACAAGAAACCAACCUCAGGAGGCAUUGUCCUUGUCACCGUGGGCUAGAAGCACAGGGCGCGGCCUUUACCACAGCACCCAGGCUCCGCAGAGAAGCCGGCACGGCCCUCUGGCCCUGCCGUGUCCAGAGCGGGCGGGCUCCUUGCUGUACUAGGACCAGCUGAGGUCCAGGCCGGAAGCAAUGGUCUGAUUCUGUUUCAUCAGCUGCCUUGAGGUGUCGAUCAUCGCCGUUGUUAAGAUCCAGGAAGGAGGUAGAUUUGCAGGCACAGAUGUAAUAGCAAGGAUUUUUUAAGCCAGAAUUUUAAUUUCCUGUAAUAAGCUUAUUGGGACAAAAAGACUUUGAUGUCCUUUCAAAAUGGGGUAAAAUGUGGACUGGCACACUGCUAGGUGUAUGCUGACCAGAAAAAUUUCAUUUCAGGAAAAAAACUUGUUUUUCCAAAGCCACCAGGGUUUUAUUAAAAUCAAAGAGGAGAAAGGAGGAUAAUUUGUCUUCAGGCUCUAAUGUAGUUUCAAUUUACUUCUAAUUUCAUAGCUUUGAUUCAGCGCUGACAUAGAUGUUUUUAUAUUACACUUGAUAAUGAGCUAACUAGUUCUGGGUUUUGUUACUGAAAGGUACCAAAGGCUCAUUCUGGGGUUUGUUCUUAAAUUUUGUUUUGCUUUAUUUGCCUUGAUUGUAGGAUUUUGCUUUUUGUAAAAACAUGGCAUCAUUUGGCAGUUCUUCCUAAGUGCCAGGGUCCACUUCAACCUGUGUCAUGAUUGUUUUUAGAUUUUAGUUUUCUGUAUCUGUCUCUAGAAGCGUUGCCUCAGAUUUCGUACCCAGAAAUUGAGGAGAAUAAAUUGCAGAAAGCGUGCAUUCGGCAAAU